ACUGCAGGCCAUGAGAUAUCACAAGACAAAGUAUGUGUUCAACUUCCCAAUAGCUUGUAGCUGUUUGGAGGAUCGGAAUUUUCCACAUGGAAUAAUUAGAUUUAGAUGUGUCAUGUUUGACGCCGUGUCACAGCGCAAGCAAAAGCUGAGCCUUGUGUCAGUGGCACUUGUCAAAGGGAUGUCUUUGAGUUCUGUUUUACACAACUUCAACGACCUCGUUGUCAAAAACUCGCACAGCGAGGUUGUUGCCAGACAACACUGAAACUAUUAUCGCGGCACAUGGAACAGAACAUGAAUCGAUCUUGGCAGAAACGAAUCGGACCAGGCAUGUAGACAUAUUGUGUAUAAAACAGCCCUUGAAGGUAGACAUCUUGACUUGUUUUCAGUCAGUAGGUUGAUCAACAGGUUCGAAAACGAAACAUAUGGACGUUUUUACUUACACUACCAUCGCAGAUGUCUGAGAUUUGACACUCAGUUGAUCUUUCAAUCCUUUUCUGCGGGGAAGAAAUAUUGUUAAAGAUAUUCUUAGAUGAAGUAUCGCUAUCGCCACAAGGUGACAAAUCAAACAAUGGCGAUGACUAAAUAGGUUUGAUAUUUGGAGCGACGGAAGCACCAGCCAAUUAUUUUCCGCUUCGCGCGCGCGGUCUCUCAGUCGUACUGAAGCGAGUAGCAGACGAUAACUCUCUCAGCUGAUUCGGUUGUAUAUCUCAGUAUAAAGCCAGGAGGGGCUCUCGUCGGAUGAUGUCGGGGGCGCUGUAAAAAGUUGAAAAGUUUGAAUCAUCUCGCUGUGUAGAUGUUUGUUAGCUUGGCUGUGUUUCAUUUCCGCUGCGAGGUCGCUUGGUAACGGCGACAUUCCAUAGCAACCCGAGGUUUCAGCAUCUUGACCACACAUUCGGAGCGCGUCGACUGGUUGGUUGUUUUGAAAACUCUAUGAGAGGAAGUCUACAGGUUGGAAUCAUUACCACGCACGUUCAUUCUUAAUUCGCAGAUUUAAAUAAUUCCACAAACUGGCGCCGCAUCUACACGAAAACCAACUGUUUGCAACUUUUCCAAAUUUGAAACCUUCAAUGCAAAGACGUGUACGAGUUCCUUGAUCAUGUAUGUUUAUGUCGGAUUUCUGAUGUCAUUCCUUGGGACGGCGACGGUGACGAAUGUCCACGCCUUCAAUAUCGACACUCGUGAUCCGAAAUUUUUCUCCGGUCCUGAGGGAUCUUAUUUCGGGUACACAGUUGCGAUUCUCUCGGAGUACCUAGACUAUCACGGAUACCAAGAAAUGUGGAUGUUGAUAGGGGCUCCGUUAGCUGACGACGCAGACCUCCCUGAACUGGACCGCCCGGGGUGCUGUACAAGUGUUCCUGGGCCUACAACUCGUGUGAGAGAGUCCCGGUGGAUGAUACAGGAAAUAUCCGCCAGAUGGUGCCUAAAUGGAAGAACGUCACUCUGCACCAUAGUAAGAAUAAACAGUGGCUGGGUGCGACGUUAGACGUCAACAUGGACGGCGACAACCGAGUCGUGGUUUGUGCCCCGAGGUGGAGGGACAGGGAGUUUUUUGUUCAAGGUCAUGAGUUUAUGAACGGACUAUGUUACGAAGGCAAUAGUCAACUGGUGUUUAACGAAAGUAGUUCUUGGCCGGUGCUGGAGUCAUUCAGGAAGCAGAUUCAUACGCAUGGACACUACAUGUACGGCAUGGGGGCUAUGGGGUUUUCCGCGGAGUAUUCCAAGGACGGAGAGUUUCUAGUGAUGGGAUCUCCAGGGCUUAACGAUUGGACAGGUGGAGUUAUUCGUGUGAGCGGCGGACAUCACUCAAGACCAAAAAUAUUCGAACCAUCUCGAAGGAUAUUUAAUAAUUCUUACAUCGGUUACGCGAUAACGACGGCCCACCUCUCCUCUGACGCAGUUUUCAUCAUCGCAGGGGGUCCACGAGCAGAGAACAAAGGCAAGGUCUUUAUUUACGACUACAACUUCGACGUGAUGUUGGUGCUGGAGGGACAUCAGUUUGGCAGUUACUUCGGCGCAUCUCUAUGCGCAGCUGAUUUAAAUGGCGAUGGCCUUGAUGACCUUAUCGUUGGCGCGCCUUUAUUCUCAGAGGUCACGGAUGAAGGUCAAGUUUACGUCUACAUCAACAGAGAGUUUUUCAACCUGGAAUUGGAAGCCGAGCUGUCUGGGUCGAACACCCCCACCGCUCGGUUUGGGACGACUGUUGGCAACAUCGGUGACGUCAACAGAGACGGCUACCAGGAUAUCGCCGUGGGAGCGCCUUUUGAGGACGACGGCAGGGGCGUGGUGUACAUCUACAACGGGGCUAAGAGUGGACUACACAAGAAAUUCUCUCAGCGUGUCGCCGCCAGGGACCUCUCGUCACGUCUCUACAGCUUCGGCUGGAGCAUCUCCCGACCCGUCGACGUCGACAAGAAUCAAUAUGUCGACAUCCUCAUUGGAGCCUUCUCCUCAGACAGUGCUGUUCUUCUGCGCACACAACCUGUCAUAAACCUUCGGGUUACCAUGGAGAUAAGCCCACGUGUCAUCCGCCCGGAUGGACAAGCGAACUGCCUGUACAAGGGAGCCCCAGCUAUAUGUAUCACGGCGCGGAUCUGUGCUCAGUACGACGGCAUCAACGUCCCGGAGACGCUCGAGAUCGACGUCAUCCUGAAGGUGGACACGUUGGAGAGACACCGCAAUGUCAGAAGGAGGCUGUUCCUCAAGGACCCCGGAAGUAACCAGGAAGUGGAGUCAAUGAAGAUCCCCAUGAGGCUGUCAGCCGGACGAGCCAUGGACUGCAUGCCGGAGAUAGCAAUCUUUACACGGAAAAGUCGUGACGUCAUCACCCCGUUGCAGAUGGAACUGGAUCACUUGAUCAAACCGGGUACAACUGGUGUGGACCGCCAUUGUGAUAUAUGUGCUGUGCUCAACAUAUAUCACCCACAGACAUAUAGAAUACAGGCGAUGUAUGACAGAAGCUGUGGCUCCAACAACAUUUGCAACUCUGACAUCAACCUGAUGGCCGUGGCCAGGUACUCGCAGAACGACCGCUACCUCGUCAUGGACAGCUCGCCCGUGUUUGAGAUCGAGGUUGACCUCUAUAACACCGGCGAAACAGCGUAUCUUACAGUCGUGACCUUGACCUUCCCCGACACCAUCAGCUUCAGUCGGGUCCGUAGGAUCAUGGGAAAGAAUGAAGUCACGUGCCUUUCUCAGAACGAGGCUGACACUAUGAAUGGUACCGCAAGGAUAGAGUGUGACAUUGAGAAUCCUCUGGAGAGGAACGAAGAAGUCAUCUUCAGCAUCAGGUUCUACUCUCCUAUGUACCACCAUGACGACCUUGAGAACUACAACUUCACCGUCGUUGCGACGACAGCCAGCGUGGACGAGGAUUGGGAGAACAACCGGGUCAACGUCAUGGUGCCUGUGAGAAUGGAAAGCAAGAUCAAGAUAUCAGACGCCUCCCUGCCAACACAGAUGCUGUUCUCUCUUGACCCCAAGGUCACGGACCCUGAAUGGGAGUACGUCAAACACGUGUACGGCGUCAAGAACUACGGACCCAGCCUCUACCCUCGGGGACAGAUCGUCAUCCUCUUCCCUAUGUCUGCCUACAUCGCGUACGUCAAUCAUACGGUGGAUCCCCCAAUGAGCAGGUGCAGGUGGACGUACACUUCCAUCUCUUCCGGGGGAGUCAGGACAACAGCCGGACCCACGCUGUUCGCAGCCAAUGAGAGGGAGAGCUACCGUCCGGUCGAGCUGGUGUGCACAGAGAGCGGCUGCAUCAACAUCACCUGUCCUAUAAAGUCACUGCGGGUGGACGAACAGUUCUUCAUCACUAUCAACUACAAGGUCAAAGUGUCCAUUCUGAAAGACCUUGAGGUGAAGAGGGAGCUGCGCAUCAUCUCCAGUGCGGAACUGUUCGAGCCGUAUUCAGACAAGUUUAUAUCUCUCAGCAAGCACAGGAACGCUUCAGCCACGACAUAUAUAAAUGCGGAGAGGGUCGGUAAAAAAGGAUUCAAAAUCUGGAUUUUAGCCGUCAGCAUUGUCAGCGGCUUGCUGUUAUUGUACCUAGUGGGCAUCAUUCUCUGGAAGUGCGGAUUUUUCCGAAGAAGGAAACGAGAGGAGCUGCAAAAACUUAUCCAGUCGUCCGAGUCGGAAAAAGAGGCGUUGAACACGGUUAACCUUCCGGGUCAUGACCCCGUCAAUGACGUCAUGGUACUUCCGGCGAAUAACCACUUUCCCCCUCCGCACGAAGAUGUAAAUUUUAACAAUAAUCUGAAUAACCAUUGGCCGCCGCCUCAUCCUGCGUUCAGCAAUGACACGUACUUAGAACCAAUCAACAUGAAAUCAUAGGGGGCAGGCAUACGUCACUGUAUCCAUUCAUCUUGAAAUGUUCGUAGGUGCGAAACGGAGACCGUCCAAUCUUGAAGAGCUCGUCGGUUGGAUUGGAACUUAACUGCUUUUAAACGCUUCCGCGCAGUUAAACAAGAAAGGGACGAGUGCGAGUAAAGUGUAGAGUCAGGGAUUCCAAGAUGGAGUCCGUAUUUUUUCAUGACGUCAGAACCACGUGACUACUCUGCCAAUGACUUCACGACAAUCGUAAAGCUGAGGUGGCUUUUCAAGGUUUACUGUUACAAAAGAUUCAGAUGAAUUGUUUCUAAUCUGUGGAACUAAAUGCUCCGUUGGCAGUUGAAUGCAACAUAAGUGGGAAUAUGUGAGAAUCUAUGGCCACGAAAGUUUCCAUUCAGUUACAUUCAACGAAAUAUUUUUCAAUCGUUAUGACCAAUAAUUCAUGUCUUUAAAAAAUGUACUAACAAAAACACACAAAAAUAUAUUUUGAACAGACCAGAACCUCCUAUGCGGGGCGGGGCGGGGCGGUGGGGUA